UAGUAACCAGUUUGUGGUGUUAUUUACAAGAAUCGGGAUUACGUGUCUUCAUAUGGUUAUUUAAGGUAUAUUGUUCCUGCCAGGGAAGAGCCUGGGUUGGUGUCUUCAGGAGCAAAGGCCCGGGUUGUAAUGUUAGUCAGUGUUCACCAUGCCCAGCAUCCAGUCUAUGGAAUUUGACAGUAAAUAUCUGCCAGCAGCAUGUAUAAGUUUUUUCUUCUUUCUGUUCCUGUUCAAGUUUGUCAACCCAAACUUGUCCAAGAAAAUGUUCAGCAAGUACAACACCUUACCUGUUGCCAACAAGAUAGACUGGGACACCAGAAUCAAUUCAAGUGUUCAUGCUGUGAUUGUUAGCUCAAUUUGUCUUUAUGCAUUUUUGUAUGAUGAAGAACUCAGCUCGGAUCCUAUCUGGCAUGACAGUCCAAUUGUAAGAACAGGAUGUGCCAUUGUAAUAGGAUAUAUGUUGUCUGAUGUAGUAGUCAUGGCCAUUUACUACAAGCACAUUGGAGAACUCUUCUUCUUAUUUCACCAUGCAGCUUCAAUUUAUGCAUACUAUUAUGUGAUGGUUUUCGGAGUCAUGCCAUAUUUUGCAAAUUACCGACUGCUGGCUGAAAUUUCUACCCCGUUUGUAAACAACAGGUACUUUUUUGACAUGCUUGGAAUAAAGAAAACAGACCCACUGGGAUUUACUAAUGGCAUCCUAAUGACUCUAUCUUUUUUUGCUGUUCGUAUUGUUGUAAUGCCAUUUUAUUGGAUGAGAGUGUAUGAGGUGUAUGGAACAGAAGCAUUUACGAGAUCGGGUCACAUUCAAAAUGUCCUGUUAUAUUCCUGUCUUGUUCUUGAUGUCAUCAAUUUAUUUUGGUUUUACAGAAUGUUAAAAGGUGUUCAUAAAGUGUUAAAAGUUAAUUUUGAUAAGAACUCCAAUGAAGCUUCUAAGAAAAUCCAGUAUUCAACUUACCCUUCUAUUGGUUUACCCAUAAUCCUAUGCGCGAAAUUCCAUUGCGUUUCCUGUCAACAGACAACAUCGAGAAUCAUGAGUGGAAGAGUACCAACAGCAAGUGGCAGUCGACCACGGACUGGGGCCAGGCUGGGUACAGCAGCUCCAGGACUGCAGCCAGGCACUGCCACACGAUUAACAACAGCUAUGAAUCCUGGGACAGCGCGACCUGGAACUAGAGGGGGACAGACUGGGGGAGGUGUUGCACUGUCAUCUCAAGUUACAGUGGUUGACAGACCCAUGACACAACAAGGAUUGGGAGGAAUGAAAACAGGAAUAAAAGGAGGCUCACAAAGAAUGGUCCAAGAUAAAACAUAUUUCCUAGGGCUUAUUAGAGGGAAGUUAAAUGAAUUAAAUGCAGAGAAUGGAAGAUUGAAACAGGAGAUUGAGAACUCCUCAGAAGAAAAUUCAUCAUUUCUCACUUAUGAAAAGAGGGCUGAAUCACUUGCUAGUGAAAUUAGAGAUCUACAAGGAGAGUUGGGGGAUUACAACACACUUGUUGACAAAUUAACUACAGAUGAAGAUAUUCAAGAUGUGGAAUUUGACUUAAACGAUCUGAGAGCAAACAAUGAAAGAGAAGCAAAGAAAAUUGAAGAUUUAUUUGAAGUUAAAAAAGAAAAAGAGGAGAGGAUUAGACAGCUAGAAACAGAACUUGACCAAGAAAAACGCAUGGCUGAUAAUUUGGUUAAUGAUAUGGAGCCAGACAUGAAACAGAGAUACUUCUCCCUCAAAGACAUGAAUGAACACAUGUUAAGACAGCUAGAGAAAUCACAGCAAGAGUUAGAUGUACUCAACUCUAAAACAGCAAACCUUCAAGAGGAAUUAUCAAUGUCUCAAGUCAAACAGGAGGCAGUGAGGCUUUAUGACCAGAUUAAUGAAUUGGAGAUCCAGAGGGAUAACUAUUUGGAGGAAACUCGGAAUAAACAGUCCCCUGCCGAGGAGAGGGAGAGACUGCUGAAACAGGUCAAGGACGACAACCAGGAGAUUGCCAGCUUAGAGAGACAGACUAAUGAGCUGAGGGAGAAAAUUGAAAAUAUUGAAGAAGAGAUCCGACAACUUGACCUUGAUAUAGAGGAGAAUCAGGGAGAGAGAAAUCAGAAAUAUAAAGAAUUAAAGAAAAGAGAAGAAACUAUAGAUGAAUUCCUGAAUAACUUUGAAGAAUCAAAAGCACAAGAACUGGAAAAAUUAAAACAGACCGAGCAGAACAUUGUGUCUCUCCUUGAACACACAAGUCGGAAUAUGAGUCGCUUCACUGCAUUGCCCACUCCACAAGAGCUAGGAACAAUGAAGGAAGAUCUAGAGUUUAAGACUGGUGAAAUGAAGAAAUCGGAACAAACAACAGUAGGACUGGCUGCAGAGAGUGACAAACUACAGUCUGAUCUACAGAAGGUAGAACAAUUAGAGGAGAAAAUCAACACAGAACUGGUCAUGUUACGGGAGAAGAUCUCCACCAUGGAAAAAGAACUGGAGGUUUACUCAGAUCUCAGCACUCUGAAAGAAGAGGCAGAGAAAAAGAGAAGGAAAUUGAUGGAUGACAGAGUGAUCUUGCAAAGGAGGAGGGAUACAUUUAAGAAGACCAUGCAACAGCUGACCAGCCAGUAUGAGGGCAUGAAGGCCCAACUGAAUGAGAAUGAGACGUUCGUUCAGCUGGGUAACUUAGAGAAGAAGUGGCAACACCAUGAACAGAACAACUUUGUCAUGAAAGAAUUUAUCAGCACCAAGACAAUGGAAUGUGAUUACAGGGCCAUAUCCAAACGGGUUUCUUCUUCCAUUGAUGAGUUUAACUUAGUUCUACAAAGACAGAUGGCGGGAAAGACCAGCAUGUAGAGACAUUAGAAAAAGAUCUUUCAAUGACAUUUUGUUUAUUUAUAUGUAAUGAGUAAAUCCGUCCAUAAAUAAAAUAUUUUUCAA